GGAGAGGGAGUGGCUACGGAGGGCCGCGAGGUGCAGCGUUAAUCCCGAGAGCAGAAAGAAGGGUCAGGAAGGCGCCGUUGGUUCUGUUCCUUUGCCCCAAAGCCGUGUGUCGCUAUCUCUUGGUCUCUGUCCCGAGUCCCCAGCGCGGGGCUCCCGCGUCAGCCUUCCCUUGAGGCUCGCAGGUGGCGGCUGCCACCCCUCGCGGAAGUGAGGGGCGCGCCCCUCCUGGGCCCUGCGGACCCCGAGUCUCCAUGGGCCGGACCCGGAAGGCCAAUGUGUGCCGCAGGCUGAGUCGCCGGGCUCUGGGCUUCUACGCACGCGACGCGGGCGUGGUGCAGAGGACGAACCUGGGCAUCCUGCGGGCGCUGGUGUGCCAGGAGAGUACUAAAUUUAAGAAUGUUUGGACAACUCAUUCCAAGUCACCUAUAGCCUAUGAGAGAGGAAGAAUAUAUUUUGACAAUUACCGGUGCUGUGUCAGCAGUGUUGCAUCAGAGCCAAGAAAACUUUAUGAAAUGCCAAAAUGUUCCAAAUCAGAAAAAAUUGAGGAUGCUUUAUUAUGGGAAUGCCCAGUGGGAGACAUACUUCCUGACCCAUCAGACUAUAAAUCCUCACUCAUAGCCCUGACUGCUCAUAAUUGGCUGCUUCGUAUAUCCGCAACUACAGGGGAAGUCCUGGAGAAAAUAUACCUUGCUUCCUACUGCAAAUUCAGGUACCUGAGCUGGGACACUCCUCAGGAGGUCAUCGCAGUGAAGUCGGCUCAGAACAAAGGCUCCGCAGUGGCUCGCCAGGCAGGCACUUCACCUCCUGUUUUGUUGUACCUCGCAGUGUUCCGGGUUCUGCCCUUUUCACUUGUAGGGAUUCUAGAGAUCAACAAAAAGGUUUUUGAGAAUGUCACAGAUGCUACCUUGUCACAUGGAAUCCUGAUUGUGAUGUACAGCUCGGGACUAGUCAGACUCUACAGCUUCCAAGCCAUCAUCGAACAGUUCAUGCAACAGAAACUUGACUUAGGGUGUGCAUGCAGUCAGGGCGGGACUACUGGGACUGUAGGAGAGGCUCCUUUUGGCAUUCCUUGUAAUGUUAAAAUCACAGACUCACCACCUCCACUCUUUGAAGUUUCAUCUCUGGAGAACGCAUUCCAGAUUGGAGGCCAUCCUUGGCACUACAUCAUCACACCUAAUAAGAAGAAACAGAAAGGAGUUUUUCAUAUUUGUGCCCUAAAAGAUAAUUCCUUGGCAAAAAAUGGAAUCCAAGAAAUGGAGUGCUGUUCACUAGAAUCUGACUGGAUCUAUUUCCACCCUGAUGCUUCUGGGAGAAUAAUACAUGUUGGCCCAAAUCAAGUCAAAGUCUUGAAGCUAAGUGAGGUAGAAAAUGAUAGUUCUCAGCAUCAGAUCUCUGAAGAUUUUGUCAUUUGGGCCAAAAGAGAAGACAGAAAGGAAAAUUUAAUCACCGUUACAGCUUCUGGACGUGUGGUGAAAAGAAAUGUCAGCCUUCUGGAUGAUGACCCAGAACAAGAGACUUUCAAAAUUGUGGACUAUGAAGAUGAGUUGGACUUGCUUUCCGUAGUAGCUGUCACUCAAAUAGAUGCUGAAGGAAAAGCUCACCUGGAUUUCCACUGUAAUGAGUAUGGAACCUUACUCAAAAGCAUCCCACUAGUGGAGUCAUGGGAUGUGACAUAUAGCCAUGAAGUCUACUUUGACAGAGAUUUGGUGCUGCACAUCGAACAGAAGCCCAACAGGGUCUUCAGCUGCUAUGUUUACCAGAUGGUCUGUGACCCUGGAGAAGAGGAGGAAGCUGUCAACAGAAGUGGUUAAGACAGUGAGUCAUUGUAACUUGAGACACUGGUUAAAAAAAAACAAACCUCAGUCAGCUGUAACUAGUCCUCAUUGUCUGCAUGGAACAUUCUGCAGUAUUUUCCAGAACAAGUCUUGUGCUAGCUCCAAAGGACUAGUUUGAACUCUUACCACAUAUGGUAGAAAGGACUCCAUCUUUUGUAAAAGCUCUCUAGGAUGCUGUCCCAAGAGACCAAGCAUUUUGAAACAUUUCGAUUAGGUGCUAACGUGAAUAUAAAAUGCUAGGGAACAGAGGACAGUUAUCUAGGAGUCAAAGAGACAUCAUUGAUGCAGGGAUAAUUAAUUCUUAAAGAUACUAUAAAGUUUUAAUUAGUAAGGCUAGGAGAGAGAAACAAAAAUAAAAAUACUAAAUAUAGAAGCCAGGUAUGGUGGCACACACCUGUAAUAUCAGUGCAUGGCAGGUUGAGCAGAAAGAUCAGGAGUUCCAAGCCAAUUAGCAAAGUCAAGGCCAGCUUGGUCUCCAUGAGACCUGAUCUAAAGACGUCAACAAAAACAUAAAGAAAUACUAUAUACUCUAUACCAAACUUUACUUAAGGAUUAGAAGUAGGAUUUGAGCCAAAAAUCACCACAGCUUCUUUGUAAACAAAACAAACCAAAAGAGAAAAAAAACAUAUCAAUUCUAGUUUUUCAAUUCAUCAGUUCUUAUGUGGUCUUAUUGAGCGUAGUCCAUUUGUGUGUGUAUAAAUACCAGUGCACUUUGUUUCUGAGGACAUAUUUGCAUGUUUAUGUGUAUGUGGGUGUGCACAUAUUUGCAGAUGUGCCUGCAUGAGUGUGCAUGUGUGUUUGAAGGCCAGACGUCAGCCAAUGGUGUUCUCAAGAGCCACCUACCGUGUGUUUUCAGAUAGAGUUUCACUAGGGCCUGCGGCUUACUGAUACUGCUAGCCUGGUUGGCUGGUCAGGGAUGCUGCUGUCUCUUUCCCAGCACUGGGACUAAAGGCAUACUUACCAUCAUGCCCAGAUACGUACAUGGGCGGGCAUGUGUUAUAAAAGAUUCCAGGCAAAUUUCAAAUGAAAGCUUUUCUUCAUUUGUACCCUGUUUAGCUUUUAAUACAGCUAAAGAUGUCUGUCUUAUUUUCUAUCUAUUUGCUGAGUGGCUCUGUUUGUUUAGUGCUGUUUUCAUAUGUAAGCAAGAACAUAAAGGGGCCUCUGCUAGGCCCCUUCUGUGCAUUGCUGGCCCCUGGUGGCCUCUUCCUUGUAGCACAAUUGAAACCAAGAGGAGUUCUUUCCUGCCUGGGAGUAACCUCAUUAGCUAGAGGAAGAUUUUGAUUGUUCAUGGAAGGAAUGUUUUUCUUCUGUGUUAGAACAGAUUUAAACAUAACACUUGAAUUCCAGUAAUCACUUUCAGAAUGUUAGUUAAAAGCAACCUGCGUAUAGGGAGAAACUGUUUCUUACAGUCCCUUUCUAAGAAACCCAGUUGCUCAGAAUCUCCCUGGUCAUCUCAUUUUUCCAAGUCGUCCUCCAAAUGGAAAUAUAAAACAAGAAAAGAACAGUCAGAGCAGGUAGUUCACACCUGUAAUCCAAGCACUCAGGGAGCU